UGUCCUCAUGCGUUUCACGUUCUUUCAAACGCUCUAAUGGAAAUUUCAGUCAUUUGACAACAACUUGGUCUGAAAGAAGGAGAAAAGAAACACGCCCUCGACUGUCAGAGUGACUGAACUCGGGGCAGAUCGGAGAGAUCCUGGACCACAUCAGUGUGUCAGGGGGCAGAUCGGUCAGAUACCGGGGCAGAUAAGGGGAGAUUGGACUGAUACCGGGGCAGAUAAGGGCAGAUUGGAGUGAUACCGGGGCAGAUAGGGGCAGAUUGGACUGAUACCGGGGCAGAUAGGGGCAGAUUGGAGUGAUACCGGGGCAGAUAGGGACAGAUUGGACUGAUACCGGGGCAGAUAGGGACAGAUUGGACUGAUACCGGGGCAGAUAGGGGCAGAUAGGGGCAGAUUGGACUGAUAUCGGGGCAGAUAGGGGCAGAUCGGACGGAUACCGGGGCAGAUAGGGGCAGAUUGGACUGAUACCGGGGCAGAUAGGGGCAGAUUGGACUGAUACCGGGGCAGAUAGGGGCAGAUUGGACUGAUACCGGCAGGAGUGUUGCGCUGCGGCUUGGACAGACAGACUCAGAUCAGUGCGACAGAUUGGACUGAUAGCGGCUCGGGGUGUUGUGGUGCAGAUUGGCAUCGGAUGUGCCUGGAUGGUGUGAGACUGACUUCUCUAAGGGUCUUAUUUCACACUGAAUCAUGGCCGAUGUCUCGGCUCCGUGUCCCGUACCGGAAUCGCUGGUGGUGGUGGUGGACCCGGCGGCGGGGAGCGGGACCGACACAGACCGGGAGAUGAACAUCACCGACAGCGUGGAGGGAGAAGGUCUAUUGGAGAGCAGCAUGCGUCUAAAGCCCCACGAAGCUCAGAGUUACAGGAAGAAAGCAUUAUGGGUAUCAUGGCUCUCCAUCGUGGUGACGCUCAUCCUGGCAGUGGCAGCCUUCACCGUGUCCUUCAUGCGACACAGUGCAUCAGCCUUUGGAUUUGCUUUUGAUGCCACAUUAGACGUGCUGUCAUCCGUCAUCGUGCUCUGGCGCUACAGCAACGCAGCUGCUGUGCAUUCAGCCCACAGAGAGUACAUAGCCUGUGUGAUACUGGGGGUCAUUUUCAUCCUGUCCUCCAUGUGUAUCCUGGGCAAAGCCAUUCAUGAUCUGUCCACCAAGCUCCUGCCUGAAGUGGAUGAUUUCCUCUUCAGUGUAUCUAUUGUGAGUGGGAUACUGUGUGUCAUUCUGGCCAUUGCCAAAUUCAUGCUGGGGAGGGUGUUGACCAGCAGAGCUCUGAUCACUGACGGUUUUAACUCCUUGGUUGGAGGCAUCAUGGGCUUCUCCAUCCUAAUCAGUGCUGAGGUAUUUCGCCACGAGCCCACUGUCUGGUUUCUGGAUGGCACCACUGGGGUUCUGAUAGGCCUCAUCAUUCUAGCUUAUGGAAUAAAGUUAUUAAUUGACAUGGUACCACGAGUAAGACAAACCAGGAACUAUGAGCGCUUUGAGUGAGCGACUCUGAGGAGAAAACAGCAUACUCACACCUUCACUUCCAACACAGAAACAUACCUAUCUUCAAAUACUCCAGGCAAGAAUACAGAUUGUGACACCAUCUGCAUUUUGGCUGCAUUUACAGGACUAAUUACCACCUCAUUAUCAUCACCAAUUUUCAAAUUCAGUCUCUCAGCACAACACACCUCAAAGAGAGGAGAAGCAAUGAUGAAGACACAGCAGGAGAUGGGUUCUGAGUUUGAUCCAGGUAAAGGAAGCAAGGAACUCAAAGCCAGCAAAUCCUGGUUGCUGGAUCAAAGCCUUGGAAAUACAAACUCCUAGAUUUAUGAUAACCUCUACUGACAGGUGUGGUGUGUGUAAUGAAGUACCUGAGAUUAUGAUAGGUUUUUCUAUGUCACCAUUCACCAAUUAUCCAUGAGAAUAGAUUCUUUGGACUGCUGUAGAUUAGGGAUGCAUUAAUACCAAAAACAAAAAUAAUUGCUCUUAAAUAGUAUGGUGCUCUUGAUGAUCAGCCAUUAUCAGUCCUUGACAAUGAGGGAUUUCAACACAGUGAAGACAAUGAACUGUACUUUACAGCUGAACAGAAGCAAUUUUCCAAAGUGAAGCAAAAUCCGCAAAAUCCAGAAUCCACACCAAACCUACUUGAUCCAAGUUGGAGCUAGCUAAUGCACUUCAUUUAAUAUAAACUCACUAACAUUAUAAAGAAUGAGCCUGGAAUCCUAAGGCAUGAACAUGUAUGUGUGCACUUUUUCAUACCUGCUAUUUAAACUAGGGAAUCAGAUCUAAAUAGAGUUAAAUAACAUGUUCCAUGAUGUCCCUGAUUGAUUAAUGUCCUCAUAUUCAGUCUGAAAAAUGGUAUCAAUGCAUCCCUAGACUUGAUAAUCCCACCACACAGUUCCUAUGUUGUAAAGGAGGUCAUUCCACUGAAGGUCAAAUGGGUGUCUAGCUGUAUCUAACUUUUCUUUCUAACAAAGCCAUGCUAUAUCAGAGAAAUUAUCAUGUUAAAAAUAUCCAUUCAUCAAAUAGUUUACAUUCAGGAAUCUGCAUAGUAAAUGAGAAUAGAAACACUAGAUAGCUUACCAAAAUCCAUCCAGGGUUCUUUCCAGUAAGAGGAUAAAGGGACCAAUAUGUUCCUCAUAAAUACCGAGUUAUGCUUUCUGUUAUUUAAGAACCCAUAACCCAAGGAAGUGUGAUUUGUAGCAAUGUUGGUAGCUCUAGCACCUAUUGUGUUGUCAAGUUGUCAGAUAUCUUGCAGCAUUAUAACAGGAAGCCAAAGUCAACAAACAGUAUGACAUGAUAAGUGAAAAGUAAGGGCAGAUCUCUUUGUUUGCUGAAUAUGUAUGGAUGUAUGUGUCAUUACACUAUAUUUAGCAGUACCUACUCUUUCACUACCAACAAUACAAUAUAUAAAUUCCAUCUUUGGGCUAUAGCCUCUGUAAUUUGCAUAGUAGGUAUUGUUGUAUCUGUUUUCCAGUUUCUUUUGGAGUCCCUGAACCCAGAUACAGAGAGCCUAAAGAAUCCACUGGUGCUGAAGUGACCAUUUUUUGUAAUAUAAUACUAAUAAGACUAAAAUUAAAUACCAGAAAUAAUUGUCCAAGUGCUUGAAUGGAUGUUUCUUUAAAUGUAGAUAAGCGAGUUGCUGAAAGAUUUUUAGUGGACAUAAAUAAUUUGAAUAAUUGUGAAAUAAUUUACAGUUUGUGUUUAAAACACAACUUUCAGUAUAUUUUAUGCCACUUUCUGCUAUUUUUAAUGAAGCACAACUCUCUGAAACCUCCUACUGCAGUAUGGACAUUUUCUCAGUGCCAUGGAACCUAUUAAUCAGCCUGUUGUUAAUUAAUUAAAAGUUGUCCACAUCACAUGAGAACUUAAUUUAGUGCUUACGAACUGAUUUGUACAACCAGAAGAUAUUGACACUGGAUAGCAUUUCACCUCUAGGUUUCAGUUUUUUCAUUUUUAAAAUUGCAUCUAUAUUACUUAGUUGCAUUCUUAAAGGUUCCAGAAGAAUACUGCAUAUCACAUAUAUAAAUACCACAUACUGUAUGUCAUCACUAAUUUUUAUUAUUAUUAUUAUUUUUAAAUGAGCACACUGCCUAAGCAAGCACACUGUCUUACUGAGGUUUUGCUGUAUCAAUAUAACCUUAAAUGAAGCACAUGAUGAGCCAAGAAGUUUAUUUCAAGCCUCAUUAUUUCUAUGUAUACUAAAAAUUACACACAACACACAAAUGGUUAUUAUGGGAAUCAGUAAGGCCAUUAAGUUACAUUAAGUUACAUAAGGAACAUUAAGUUACAUGUUAAAUCACAGUUACAGGGAAACUGUUUAGCUUUGCAUAAUAUAGAUAUUGAAUUCUAUUUCACCCUUCCUAACAGCAAGGGGCACUGAGAAUAACCUGGAUUCCUUAUUGUGCACAUGCAAACAUAUGCCGAGACCUUCCACCAAAGUCACGUAGCAACACAUGACCCAGUAUUUGAAAUAAAUACCAUUGUCAUACUUUAUGAGUGAGUUUUUUUUGUAGAACACUUCAAAACUUCAAGUAUGCCUUCCCUUAUCAUUGCUACUCACUGUGCUGUUUGCAACAAUCUAUGAAUUUGUACUAUGUAGUUAUUUUCUCUCCACUCACUAAGUGGCACUAAUGCAGAUGAGUGUUUUUUUCCUCUCUGUACAAUGUACUAUUCACUGCUAAGUCUUCAAACUUUGCUGGAUUUCCAACUGGUUUUCCCUCCCUACAAUGGAACCCUCUUCCGUUGUUCUAUUCCCUUGGGUCAGAUUUUCUCCUUUUUUCAUGUUAUGUCAAGUGGUUAGUCAAAUGAGCCAUGCCACAAGACUCUUGCUCAAGCAGCUGGUGUCAGUGCCUCAGCAUUGACCAUCUUAAGGAUGCAGUUCCUAACUCAGACAUCCUCUUUGCUGACUGCAUGGUAAUGCUGAUACUGACGAUUCGCUCAACUGACCCUCAGCCACAGGCUAAACUGUCACAAAUGCCAAAUCUGGUGAUGGCUGAUGAGCACAAUCCCUAAGAAGCUCUCGUUCUUCUUCCAGGCCAAUAAUGACCUAACAUUUGAGCUGCAGUGUUGAAUUAUUGCCUAAGAGGUGGGGGGAGGUGGAUUUGGACAGCUGCUUACUCAAACUCAGUGGUGAUAGUUCUAGCAAAUAUGGUAGACCAUGAGCAGGUAGGACUGGGCCACAUGCAUUGCUGGUGGUCUCCCCAGACAAAGCAAUAUGCUCAGAUUUGUGCUGUCAAAGCACUGAAUGCAGACACUGAUGACAACAUUGGUCCAAUACUAGUAUUAUAAUAGCUGUGACAUACCAUCUCACCAAUCUACAGAAGAUCAUUCACUCUUUAAAGGAGCUGAGUGACACCUUGCUCCCAGUGGUAAGAUACACAAUGACUCCACCAACCUGGUUUAUGCAGGGCGUCAAGUGUGGUUAGCACAAUCUGUUCUGGACAUGUGCAACUUGACCCUGCAAACUCUGCCCUGCAUGCCACCAAAGAUGCCUUGGAUAUGAGAGCAAAGGUUUUAGGAUCAACCUGGUAAUGUGUUACAAUGUCCACCAGGGUCUGGCCUGUUUUGCACAAGCUUUCAGCAGGGAGAAUCAUGCUCUCAAGACCCUAGCAGGCAUCUUAGUGCUCCACCAUCUAUCUCAUGGGGUGGACCAUUAACACUACCCACCACUGAAGUACAUCCAUGAAGGAUAGAGGCUGGCAAGAGGAUAUGUUACAGCUGAAACUCUGCAGCUGCAUCAGGUCUGUGGGUCCUGAUGAUAUCAUCACAGCUAUACAAACUUUAGUUGCACUGCUGGUACCCAACCUUCUCUGGAUUCAGGCGCUUGUAGAAAUCAGACCCCAAAAAAGUUGUUGCUCUGACCCAAGAAAUUUGUUCUCUUCUAGACAGAGACACAAUCAAAAAAGAAGACCCCACAUUUCAAUACAAGUUCAAGAGAAAGAUGGUGGUUGAGAGGGUUUAGCAGUUCUUAAAGACCCUCCCUUUGUGGAAUUUUUCAGACAUAGUCCAAGUCAUGAAAGCACAGGAUUGGUUUACAUUGGUAGAUCAGUAUGACACUUAUUUUCAAGUCCCUAUUGCCCCAGAACUCAGAUUCUUUUUUAAGGUUUGCCUUCAAGACAGCCAUUUCGAUUUAAGCCCUACCCUUCAGCUUCUUCGGCCAUGGGUAUUUUUUCCAAUGUAUGCAAGCAGCCUUGUCUCCCCUGAUUGCCAGUGGCAUCAGGAUACUGUCAUACACAGACAACUGGCUCCUGUGUGCAAUUCGGGACACAUCCACACUCCUCGUACACUUUACAGCUCUUGGUCUCACGGUGACAUCAGAAGGAGGCCAUAUAAUUCAUUGGCAUGAUAUCGGCCAUCCCUUCCUCAGACAAACUCUUCAUCUGAAACAGAGGAAAGAGAUGAAGGACUACCUUUUCUAUGCAGAAGCUGGCCCACUGUGUGGUGGAUGUCAUUACAUGUGCCAGACGCCCAGCUCAUACUGUGACAUGCCACUUUUCAAGGAGCAUCUCCUCCUCUUUGGCAUGAUUUAAAGAUUAUCAAGAGGCAUGCCACCCCAGGAACUCUGUGUUUCUGAUACCUGGGCAUCACUGCUAACAUUAAGGGUUUGAGUGUGGAGGACAUCUCUUAACACAUUUCCAUUAGUCCUAAUGUGAGUCCUGUUCCUCAUGAUAUUGUUGGCAUAUGAUAUCCAGGUGCUUCUUAACCAGGAUAGUGGUUAGGAGGGGUGAAAUAGAACAAUAUUUACAUAUGCAACUGUGGUUCUGUAAACGCUGGAUAACCACCAGGGUUCCUUCAUCAUUUAGAACCAGUGUCGACCUAGCAAGAACUUUGUUUAAUAGAACACACGAAGAUUACCCAAGGUUCUUACAACCACAGUUACACAUUUAAUGCUUAAUAAUAUGGUUUCCAGAUAACAACAAUGCACAAUCCUAUAAAAGUUUAAGUAUUAACUGAUAUGAUGUACAUUUUCAAAACAAUGUGGAUGUAUACAUGUGUCUGUAUGUUAAUCAAGUAGAUUUCACUCAGUAAUCCAAGAUGUUAUUAUAUGAUGUAACUUGAAUUGAGUAUGAUCUGCGCACAGCUUGACAUCUCAGCUCACCUACAGCACACUGAUAUGUAGCGCCACUACUGUUGGACGACAAUCAAGGCCAGAUCUUAACGGCUGAUCGCUCACUGUAGCAAAGCUAGUUUUGUUUUUAUGCAGUGUUGCGGUCAUUAGCUCAGCGGCUUAAUUGCAUUUAUUUAUUUAUUUAUUUAUAUUGUUUGGGGGUUUUUGAGCUGCUGUUUAUUUAAAGCCUCUGUCGUGACUAAAUAGUCAUCUCUGAUCAUUGACCUCAGCAAUUUAUUGUGUUUAUUUUGAAAACAAAAGUGCUUAUGGAAUUAGUAUUAUCAAAUAGGCUGCUGAUGUGAAGUAAUGUACUAUAAAAUGCACCAUCAAAAGUCGUGGUGUUUACAUCAUUGCUGCUGAUUAGCCCACCAUCAAUUCACUGAAAAUUGUCGAUGUAAUCUUUUGUACUUCUAUGAUGGCUUGUGAUCUCGGCUAGUAGAGAUCCAGAUUCCAACUUGUUUCUUGCAUACUUUUCUUGUGUAUUUUUUUGUUUUGUUUUUAUUAUUUCCCUUGUUAAAUCAAAAGUAAGUAGCUUGGGUAUACACCCCACUGGCACUUAUGGACUACUGCUGCCUAUAACCGCAAUGAAUGAGUGAUUUGUGUAAAUCAUAUAAUAAUUUUAUUAUUAAGUUUAUGAUGUUAACUUAUUGAAUUCUGCUUGUGGCUGUUAUUGUAAAAAACUUAUCCAGAACCUAAAUAUUUUGUUGUAACUUUGUCUAAUAUUACUCUAUUUAAAGUAAAGCUAACAUUAACACUGAACUUGAACACAUGUUGUAUGCUGUAGUGUUAGCCUUGGCUGGUUAUUUAGCAAUAGUCAAUGCUUAGCUGAGCCAUUUCCGCUUUGGCUUUGCAUGGGAAACAAAUGUCUGGUUGUAAAAAUUUCAGUGGUACUGCUGAAAAUGUGCUGUAUAUUAGAAAUCAGUUGACAUAGAUAGCUUAGUUUUGACCAAAAUUAUUUAUGGAAAUAAAAUCUGCAU